CAGGCAUCCGUAAUGCCCUCUAACCCACAGUAACACAGCUCUCGGUCUUCCUUCCAACUGUUGCGUUUAGGGCAUUUCCCAUCCCCUUCAGCCGCCCGUCCUUGCGCAGAUGCGCUGCCCGUGCAAAAGAACAAAUUGAUUCAUCCUCGAUACCUACCUUAUGUUACCAUGCCGGCCCGGGACGAACCAGCGCGCGCUGGACGAUGACGUCCGCAACCUGGCGAAGAGGUUGAAACGUGCUGACCCCCUCGCCUUCGGGCUUCUCAACUGCAAGGGUGCCAUGCGCGUGUUCAAGCAUAGUUCACAAGUGAGCCUCGCUGGCUUCGACCUGGUCUUCAAAGUGCCCGAUGGGACCGACCCGAAGCAGGUCCAAAGCCUGAGGGCCGUGCUACUAUUGCCGCAAAGAGCGCCGUCGCUUUCGUGGAGAGCUCGCGACGUCGGCCAGUUAUGUGCACGCCUUCAAGUCUGUGCACAAGAACAUGAAUCCUAAAUCGGUGCUUCUGUUCAAAGAGGACAUCAGUUAAGUAGGUACCCAG